AGGUCCUCUUGGCAGGCUCCCGGCACGCCAAAGCCGGAGGCCACCCCGCGAGAACCCCAGAGCCCUCUCCUCUCCUUGCUCCCAGAGCGCGCGUCUGGAGGGUAGAGCCCGAAGAAAGAGGAGAAGGCAAGGAUGGGCAGCAAGGAAGAUGCAGGCAAGGGGUGUCCGGCGGCCGGCGGCGUCUCCAGCUUCACCAUUCAGUCCAUCCUGGGCGGGGGCCCCUCCGAGGUGACACGGGAGCCCGCCGGCUGGCCGGCCAGGAAGCGCAGCCUGUCCGUGUCCUCGGAGGAGGAGGAGCCGGACGACGGCUGGAAGGCACCUGCCUGCUUCUGCCCAGACCCGCACGGCCCCAAGGAGCCGGGCCCCAAGCAUCACCCCCCCAUCCCCUUUCCUUGCCUGGGUACCCCUAAGGGCAGCGGCGGCGCGGGGCCGGCGAGCUCGGAGCGCGCGCCUUUCCUCUCUCCUUCGCACCCGGACUUUAAGGAAGAGAAAGAGAGGCUCCUGGCCGCGGGCUCGCCGUCGCCGGGGCCCGAGCGGCCGCGGGACGGCGGCGCCGAGCGAGUCGUAGCUCAGGUCGUGGUGCACAAGGACCGGAAUCCAGCUCCGGAACUCGCGCGGAGAGGGACAAAGGCCGGGAGCCUCACUGGCGAAGCGUUGCCUCGCGGGACCCAGCGUCUACCCAGCACUGGGAGCGUCUUGGGCUUGGCCGCAACAAUUGUCGCCUGGCCGUGCGAAUCGUGCCACGCGCCCCCUUCCGAGGGCGAAGCCUGGCGCGACAGGCUUGCAGCCGCGCACAGUUUCGAAGCCGGCGGCACACUUGUGCGUCCCUCGCGGCGCGCGAACCGGGUGCGGAAAGCAGACAAUUCGGCGGAGGAGGGAUCUGAGGCCGGAGACCCGGCAAAGAAAGCGCGGGUGGCAGAGGCGCUUCCCUGCACCUGA